GUUUACGCCUCAAAAGCGCCGGAGCCGCUGAGAUAAGGUGGUGUGAGAGACCAAGCCGAGUCCGUCGCAAACUGGAGGGGUCCGAGGGAAGGAAACCGAGCUGAAAGCAGUGCGGAGUUGACAAUGGAGGAGAAAAGACUUCCGGAAGGUGCGGGAGAAGGCUGGGUGGAUUUUGCGUGGGCAGUUCUCCACCUUACAGGGAUGCUAAAUUAUCACCGUCAAUCUGCUCCAUGCAUGCAUGGAUGGACACCGUCCUCCUUCGGGCUUUGCCCAAUCAACAGAAUAAAUUAACCAGUAAUGGAGCUAAAUUGCCGUCCCAAUGGCCCUAGGCGCAGCCAGUAGCUCGAGGAACGCAACAGCCUUCGCUUGAUGGAGCUUACUGGGCCAAUAAAUCAAGGCCAUUUCACUGUCGUGCUAGCUGACAUGAACUGGUCGGCAACGGGCUGCUAAAUUUUGUCACGCGAGGGCAGCCAGAUGAAGGUCUUACCGAUCUAAAUUCCCCGCAACAGUCUAGGCAAUCUGGGUAGCUGCAGGAUGGGCAAUAAAAGGGGCAUAAGAUCUCACCUGUGUCACCCCUCGAAAAUCCGGGAAAUAUAAAAGCCACAGCUUAUCGCAGAUCCUGUGACACCUCACAUCUUCUAUCCUUGACCAAUCCACGAUAAAGGCAGAAACACCUCUUCAUCCAUCAUGACGAGCACGACAGUACUCCGCAUCCCUGUGCUGCUGAGCUUGCUUGCUUUCCUGGCGCUCCUGACGUCUCCCGUCAUGGCCGCCCUUCCCAAGCCGCCAAAGGACUGCGACGACUGUAAACCCAAAGGUCCUAUCACACGUUACAGUGCGCAAGAGGUCAUCGCCAAACUCGGCCUCGUCCCUAACAUUGAAAAGGGUUACUAUGUCGAAACCUUCCGGGAUCCAGACUCCGUCAACAACCGUUCGGUCAGCACUGCCAUCUACUACCUUCUCGAAGGCUCUGUCGGUCCUUCGUACUGGCAUCGUAUUGACGCUGCGGAACUCUGGCAUUAUUACGCAGGCGCGUCAAUGAAGAUGUACUUGUCACACAACGAUGGCCAGCCGGUGAGAGAGCAGAUCCUCGGGCCAAACAUUUUCAGCUGCGAGAAGCCGCAGGUGGUUGUGGGCAAAUGGGAGUGGCAGAGAGCGCAGAGCUUGGGAGCCUGGACGCUCGUUGGGACAACUGUCGCCCCCGGAUUUGACCCGAACGGCUUUGAGAUGGCGCCACCCGAUUGGCAACCUGAUGGAGCGUGAAAACUUGCUCCACCAUAACGUGGAAUUGAUCACUCUAGAACCGUCGACCGUACUGUAUAUACUUGCAGAUAGAAUAUGUAUUCAUCUCAUCGGUUGGAUGGGCGUAAUAUUGGCGUUGGCUUUUGGCAACAUUCAGUACUUCGCCGACGAAAUAAAUCUCAGAAAUAGAAUGAAGUUCCACUGAAUACCUAUAUAUACAUACAACCUUGGAUUUGAUGCCUAAACUUCGGCUGAGAGGUACAUGUAGAGCGUAACGGAGUAGGGAGAAUAUGGGCAACACUUGAUACAGGGACGGACCUUGUAAUGAGAGUGUGCAGUUGGGUCCGAUCUAGCUGUUUUCUCCGUAUUCCUGGUAGAGAAAUGCCUUUCGAGGAAACCUUGAUACAAUUCGGGCUCUCCACCAUGUCGAUGAAAUCGGCCAGUUCAGCAGCAGGUUGGAUGCAAGCGAUUCUAU